GCGUCCCCGCGGCGGCGAUGAGCGGCGCGGCGGAGGCGCGGGAGCUGGAGGAGCGGCUGCGGGAGGCGGCGGCGCUGGGGGACGUGGAGGAGGUGCGGCGGCUGCUGGGCGAGGGGGCGGACGUCAACUCCCGCAACGAAAUCAACGGCUGGACCUGCCUGCACUGGGCCUGCAAGCGGAACCAGGCCCAGGUGGUCUCCUGCCUGCUGGGCGCUGGGGCAGAUAAGCACAUCCUCACGGCGAAGGGAGAGCUGGCCGUGCAGUUGACUUCGAAACCAGACAUUCGGAAGAUCUUGGGAGAGGAAGAAACUGAAUGUCAAGGAGUGAAGGAUUUAAAUUUGCCAAUUGUUGCAAACUACUUGGCCAACCCGCCAUUCCCUUGCACUGACACUGAAGACAGCAUUCCAGACGCCUUGGCGGAAUCCCAGAUCGAAAGUGCUUCCAUUUCCUCUGCUUCCCAGUGCGAAACGAGUCCUUGUUCAUCAGCAGCUCAGGUUGAAAGCACAUGCACGCCUACAUCAUGCAACAGCGAAGACGAUUUCCCCGCACUGGAAGCGGCAGCAGAGCCACCCGCCCCGUCAGCAGCUCUGGGGGCACCGAAACACGCCGAGCCCGGGGCGCCCAACGGCCCCAUUUGCCGGCCGGCCCGGACCCGCAGCGCCGGGCUUUGCUCGCCGACGGCACCUCUGCAACCCGACACUUCGCCCACUGGUCCCGCGCCAGCCUUUCAGCCCGUUUUCUUUACUGGAACAUUCCCAUAUAACAUGCAAGAACUUGUGCUUAAGGUGAGGGUCCAGAACCUCAGAGACAAUGACUUCAUCGAAAUUGAACUGGACAGACAAGAACUGACGUAUCAAGAUCUGCUCAGAGUGAGUUGCUGUGAAUUGGGAGUUAAUCCAGAACAAGUAGAGAAGAUCAGAAAAUUACCUAAUACACUAGUAAGAAAGGACAAGGAUGUUGCCAGACUCCAGGACUUCCAAGAGCUGGAGUUAGUUCUUGUGAAAAGCGACAGCUCUCCUUUCAGAAAUGCUGCAUCGACUUUGACUGAGAGACCCUGCUACAACAGCAGAGCAUCAAAACUGACUUACUGACUCUUCUAGAUGCAUCUAGAAUGUGAAAACCUGGUAAUUCUAUGCUGCUGCCUUUCAAGGCAGUGAACUAAGUGUGUAUAAAACCUUAAGUUAUUGUUAGGGUUACUAUUUUAACUAAUAGUUUAUCUUUUAUAUUUAAUAUCCCCUUUGCUUUUAUUUUUUUACUUGAUACUGUAUUGAGAUAAGGGAUACCUCAUUUGUCUACUAAAAAUCACAUGCUUCCAGUGUAUUUCAGUUAAGCUUAUUGAUUGUCUUUGGCAACAGAGGGCAGGAAAGACUUAAUUCUUGACGAGCGGUAUGUUGAGUACUCCCACUCUGACCAAAUAAGAGGCAUGGAAGAGACAUUCAGGAAAUUGAGUGUUUGUGUGUAUGUAUUUAUUUUUUAAACUUCCUGAUUAAAUUAAACGUCAAAGUGUAUUUGGCACAAAAUGAACAGUUGCUCUCUAAAAAUAUAGAACUUGCAAGUCCUUAAUCUCUUGUCCCAUCACAAAGACUCAGUAAGACGUGUCGUCUUUCCUGACGGGGACAGAAAUAUUUAAUACUCUGAAGUGACAGGAGAAAAACUUUCACUGUGUUGAAGGUAAGUAAGUGGAGUAGGUGUCCACAUUUAAAUGUUUCUUUCCCAUGUGAGAAUAUUGUAAGUUAAUCCUUCCACCUCCACAAAAAAAAUUAUCAAAGCCUCUCUUAAUUAAAGAGCAUUUAUGUCAGAAAGCAAAUUCAAGUACCCUUUCAAAAGAAAACCCUAAUGUUUCAGAAGCUAGGGAGGGGAUCCCACAUCUGUGCCCAUGGUUUUAUUGAUUUAUUUUCCCCAACGCUGUGAGAAGACUAUGCAUUACUCACACCAGAAGUCAGUUCUGGUAAGUCAGGUAACUUCUGUGUAGCCCACCCUCACAGACCGGUUACACGGUGUGUGGUUGAUUUAAUUUCUGCUGCGUGCGGAGCAGGAGAAGCACAACAGUAUACUCUUGAGGUAUCACAAUGUAAGGAGCAGACCAUGCGCUUGGUUAGUCAUACUAAAUUUAAACAUACACCAUUAGCAAAUAAAUAACCUGUAACUUUACAUGUUGCACAGUCUGCUAUCACUUUCACAUGGUGGCCAAAGUUUUUAGCCAGGUGAGUACCAAAAGGGCUGAAUGCCUCCAGGUGCUUUCAAUUGAUUUGUUUGGGGGAAGAAAAAAACCCAGACUCUAUUUAGGCUACAGACUGUUUACCUCGCAUUUAAGCAAGUCAGAAAUGAAAACAUCCAUCUGGAGUUUUAUGAAUGGCAAAAUUCAUCAUUAAAACACACCCUGAAGUCACUCCCUUUCAAUCUGAACAAAGUAUUUAAGUUGUAGCACUGCUGGAGUAUUAACAGCCUGAAGCUUUUCCUGUUAAUGUGGUAGUCUGUAAAGUUAUACCUUAGGAAGCUUUUUGUUUUCUUUUGUACCAAAAACUACGAUGAUGAUCUUUGCACCAAAAACCUUAACUGGGUACUGGGGUGGGGGAGGGCGUUGUUUUUUUCAGGACAUAAGCUGCAUUAGAGCAGAGUUUAUGCGCAGCUGAUGCAGGGUUUGUUGUUGUUGAUCUGGACUGUAAUGUUGACAUUCAGACUGUAACUAGUACAAUCAGGAUGUUUUGGUGGGAGCAGCAUGGCUGCAGCCUGCCUCAGCUUCCCGCAGCACAGCUGCUUUAGCCCUCAAGAGGCUCCUCCGGGCGAGGUUAGUAAAGGCACUGCACGUCCAGAGUACAGGAACCCCUCCUGCCAGCAGAAGAGACACUUGGGCUCUGGGCUCAGGGUUUUUUGCCAGGUUACUUAAGGCUUAAAAUUCCUGCUUAGUGCACUCAAAAUAAUUGUCAUCCUUUCCCCCUUGCUCUCUAUCCAUCUGCGAACUCCCCCUUCUCAAUCCUGCCCCUCUCCCUCCAGGAGCUGGGCUACUUUAAAGACCAGUUCCUGGGAAGCUCAAGACUGUGACACAGGAUAAAGUAAAAUUUCCUAACUCUGGCUCACACUUUGUUUUUCUUGUAGGACAGGAAAGGAGUUUUUAUUUUAACAAAUGUAUAUUUAUCUUUUCAGCAUAAUUUGGAGGCUAGUUCAGAUUAUGUGCAAUAACUGUUUGAAAACCAGUAGUACUUAAAUGGCUCCAAAUUAAGAAUAUCUAAUUUCUUUUCAGUUCCUUUGUUUAGGCAAUCAGUCUAAAGACUGCCUCCACUAAUUACUGAACAUUCAGCUAUAGGAGCAGCUGGUUUAAAAAAAUAAAGCUUUAUUUGCUUUAGUGUCCACAAAGAAAUAACUGUUAAUGUCAGAAGACUAAAACUUUAAUCAUGAUCUGACUGUAAUAAUAACAGUAAGUCUAUGCAUUCAGAGAAAUAUUUUUGUAUGUUUUAUGCAGUUUGAUAAACUCUAAGGCACACUAAUUAUGUUAACUGGUUUUUGUUGUUUUGUUUCUUUUUUCUCCUUUGAACAAUAAACCGUUGGUGUGACAACUGAAACUAAGUUUACAAACCUUACUGUUCUUCCAAGGACAACUUUUGUUUGCACUACAACCUUGUAUGAACUGACAGUGCUGUUCUUCACUUAUAUUAAAGUAUCAGUUGUUUCAA